AUUAACUGAUAAUCAACUGAUAAUUAACGAGCAGGUGGAGCACAGGUCGGCUUGUGCAGAUCACAGGAACAUUAAAUCCUGUUAAAUUUAAUAACGUUCAUUUUAAGACUAAAUAUUGUCAGUUUUUAGAUUCUGAAUCGGGGAAAAUGUUGAACUCGCCCUUUAAUCAAGACUCAAACCGGAAGUUGUGAGUCAGAAGCCAACUUCAGCGCCGGCUUCAUGGUGUCACCUUGAAUUGUGUCCUGAAUGACUGAGUCUGAAUGAGGCUGUUCUCCUUGAGGCUCGGUGUCGGUUCGUAUCGGAAGCUCGAGGCUCGGUUCGGGUAGGUCCAUGUACCGGGUUUAAGAUGGGAGUGGUCCUGCGGAACUUGCAGAAGGUGGUCCCUCUGCGCCGCGCCAGGCUGCGCAGGGACGUGGACACGCUGAGACACAUCCUGGGCAUCCAGAAGUUCGACCUGGGCAUCAUCUGCGUGGACAACCGCAGGAUGCAGCAGCUCAACAACCUGUACAGGAAGAAAAACGCGCCGACGGACGUCCUGUCCUUCCCGUUUUACGAGGACCUGCGGCCCGGGAAGCUGCCCUGCCCGCUGCACAGAGACGAGCUGAACCUGGGAGACGUUUUCCUGGGAGUCGAGUUUGUGAUGAAUCAGUGCCAAAAAGAAUCGCUGGACCUUCAUGGAGCUCUGACUGCGGUCACCGCUCACGGCAUCUGCCACCUGCUGGGCUACCGGCAUGAGACGGAGGAGGAAUGGGCCGAGAUGCUGCAGAGGGAGCGAUACAUCCUGAGCGAAUACAACAGACUGACCGGCCGCCAUCUUGAGCCGCUCAUGAAGGCGUUCAGCCCAGAAACGUGACGCCGCGAUCAGCGCCGCGCUAAAUGUUUUGCACGAAUUCGACCGCUGAAGUUCUCUGUGAAAACAGCGACUGCUGGACGGACAUUUACAGCAGAACAAAAACUCAAACCGUUAUUUACAAAAGAACUAAUCCAGUUUGUGUUUUGACUAUAAUUUUAUUAAAAUCUGCUUUCAGGAAGAAUCAGUCGAGUAUGAAGGGUAGAAAAAGCUUCUCACUCUCACUGCAUAAAUACAUUUCAGCCUCUUGACGCCUGCAGGUUUCACUCAGACGGCUGGACGUCCAGCUGGACGUCCGGCUGGACGUCCCCUCUGCCCAAACGGAGAAUAUUAAAAGAAAUCAUCUGAUGCGGGUAAAUUA